AUGCCACCAUGCUACUGCCUCCAAGAACGUUCAAAAGCUUAUCUUGCCGCAAGUGCGAAAGCGUGUGAGGCUGAGGAUGAAAUGAUAGCCAAUGCCAUCUCCAAACUCACUCUGUCUGGCUCUAUUUCACCUUCACUGCCGCCGUCGCCACUUUCUCAUAAGCAGCCAGGACCAGGAACUCAACGUGCCCGAAUUGAGCAGAGCCUUCAAAUCCUACGUGAUGUAGAGUGCGACUUUGAGGCCCUGAAAGCCAGCGUCCUUCCACUCCUUUCUUCCAUCGGGACACCUAAGCGGUGUGGCAACAUCUUCCCCCUGCGGUCCUCUAUUGCUGCUACCCGACUGCUACAAGAUCGUCUCUCGGAUGUUUCUAAUAGGGCAUCUUCACUAAAUAAUGCUCAGAAAGAGUGGAAUUCCCUGCUCAAGAAAUGUCCUGGAGAUACAAGCCCUUUGCCAGGGAACACAUUCAAUUCGGGUUGUUCUUCAUACCAGUCGGCAGGGGUGCCACUUUAUGCUCUCAAUGCUACAAUACGUCAUUCAGGUUGCCUUCUUGACCCUGAUACAGUCACCUCCAAGUUCGGUCUUGAAGGAAAGUAUACCAUCAUGGCAACAUGCCCCGAUCCGUCAUGCCAUAAGACCUAUGCUCCAAAAUUUGAAGGAAAUUCCCCCAUCCCCAUCUACCCAAAGUACUGCACCCACAAACAAUUCUCAGGAGGAAGUUCAUCCAACAGCUUUACGGACUACACCGCCAAUAUCAGUUCGCAUCCGGGGUUUGAGGACAUAAUGGAUGGUGCAUGGGACAAGAAUUGCAAGACCUCAGACACAAUGCACAAUAUUUUCGACAGCGACUUUCUCCGAGAUUUUAAAGGGCCUGACGGGAAAUUAUUUGGAGUGGGUGGCCAAGAAGGUCGCUACGGAUUUUCUAUGUCAGUCGAUUUCUUCAGUCCAUAUACCAAUAAACAAGCUGGGAAGAAAUGUUCUAUCGGUGUUAUUUCUCUUGUGUGCUUAAAUCUCCCCCCUUCAAUGCGGUACAAGCCUGAGAACAUGUUUCUUGCUGGUGUGAUUCCUGGCCUGAAAGAACCUCCUCUUACGGCCUUAAAUCACUACCUUACUCCACUCAUCGAUGAGCUGCUCACAUUUUGGGAAAGUGGGGUACAUAUCUCAAAGACCUUCAACUACCCUGAUGGCCGCCUCAUUCGAUGUGCAUUAAUCGCCCUAAUCUGUGACCUUCCUGCGGCCCGCAAGACAGCUGGAUUUGCUGCUUCCUCUCAUGAACAUUUCUGUUUGCUCUGUCAUUGUACCCGAUCCCGCCAUGGCUAUGGCCAUACUGAUACUCAAUCAUGGCGUUGGAGAACGAACGAGGAAUGUCGGCACCAUGCAGAUCAAUAUAUAUCUGUGGAGUCUGUGGAGAUGAGGGCUGAAAUUUUCAAUGAUGCAGGAAUUCGCUGGUCAGAGCUGUUGCGUCUCCCCUACUUUGACAUCACACACAAUGUCGUUGUUGAUUCCAUGCACAACCUGUUUCUCGGCCUCAUCAAAGAACACUUCUGCGGGAUACUCAGCAUUGCACUUCCUUCACGUGAGGAAGAGCCUGUUCUCGAUAUUGAAUUCGGUCAGAUCCCUGCUGGCUUCACGUCAAAAGAGAGGAAAAGUGUCAAAAAGCUUCGGAAGUGGCUCCAAGCUCCUUUGGCUUCUACAUUUUCUUCUGGUCCCGAACAGGCUCUGAAGAAGAUGAAGUCGCUCCAUCUAGCAGCCCUCAAGUUUGCAUGUGAGCAACUACGGUGCCCAUCGACUGUGAACAAACCCAGGACAACGAAGGGACAUUGGGCGGAUUCCCUUCUUACAUGGCAGCUUGCACAAACAGAACGUCGGGCACCAGGGGCUGACACGUCGACAGCUCAUGGUUUCGUCCUCUCUCAGGAUGAGGUGGAAGAAAUUUGGUCAGAUAUUCGGGAGCUCCUUACUCCCAGCUGGCUUACUUCUGUGCCUUCGAAUGUCGUCAUCAUUGCAACGUCCCACACCAUGUCCCAGGCUAAUGCAGAUGCCUAUCUCAUGCAUAUGCGCAACUAUAUAAUCAGCAUCAAGUGUCUCUUCCCGACGUACAAGUUUUGCCCAAACCAUCACAUGGCACUACACAUUCGUGAGUUUCUCAUUCGCUUCAGCCCUGUACAUGCUUGGUGGACUUUUCCCUUUGAGAGGCUGAUUGGAAUGCUGCAAAGAAUGCCUAGCAGUGGAAAGAUAGGCGAGCUUGAGGAGACAAUCACGAAAGCCUUCACCCGUGCUGCGAACCUCAGGGCACUUCCUCUCAAGGCCAGCUGCCUGGAGAUCAUUCAGAAUUGCCAGCCCAUGUUUCAGAAGAUGACCAACCUGAAUGUUCGAGAUGCACUUGUCCCAGACAUGCGAGCAUUUGCGUCGAUCAUGGAACCUUCAGCUGAGGGGGAUAAUCCUGUGUGGGCAGACUUGACAAAGCGGUCAAUUCCGGAAGACCUCAGCCUUGCUCUAGCUGAGUUCCUUGAAGGCCCAACCCCAUCUGAAGCGCACUUCCUCAGCCAUCUUUCCAUUGAUGGCGUAAAUUAUGCAACUUCAUCCAAGCAUGCUGGCAAUUCAUGUGUCCUUUUGCACCACCCUCACAAUUACAAGUCUCGAAACAUCGAAUGCCUUGAUGCUGCGCAAAUCAAGUACAUCGUCCAGGUAUCUUCUGGUGAUAAUUCUAUUCAGACCUACAUCGGCCUAUCAAGAUACCUCCAUGCCGAUGUAGUGCAUGAUCCGUACAGCCGCUUCCCUGCCUUUCCUGCUCGUCUAUCGAGUCGCAAACUGGGUGUCCUCGAAAUUGCAACACCAGAUCAGUUAUUCAACCACUUUGCCUGCCUCCCAGUUUGCAUUGAAGGGCGUGACCUCUUUGCUGUCCUCUCAUUGAGCCAUACAUACUUGCAUCUGCCUCCUGUUGACGAUGGUAUGGACGUUGAUGAUGUAGAUAUGUCCUAA